AUAUAUUGAUAACGCAAGCAGCGUGAGAAACCAAUUGUAUUGACGCUUCUCACUCUGGUUACACAGGACUCUCCGAGUAUUGGGGGCGCUUUGGGUCCAAAUCAGUGGCCGGAGAGUGCUUUAUGGUUUCACUUUAUAUGACUUGUGGUGUCGUCUUCGAGGCCUCAGAUCCCACAGCUACACAGCUCUACGCGCUAUGCGUGUGUAACUUCUGCUGCAGCUGGCGUUACCUUGCUUCGUUCUUUCUGUUGCCUGUUUUGGCCACAGACUGUCUUCGAGACCUCAGAUCCUAGAGCUACACAGUUCCACCCGUGCGGGUGUCACUUCUGCUGCAGCUUGUGUUACCUUGCUUCCGUGCUCACCAUUGCCUGUUUUGGCUAAAGACCGCCUUCAAGGCCUUAGAUUCCAGAACUGCACAGCUCCACACGCUAUGGAGGCGUCACUUCUGCUGCAGCUGAGGCUACCUUGCUUCGAUGCUCACUGUGCUCUGUUUUACCCUAAGAAAUGGGGGCCCCGCGAUUCUCAUUUUUUGUAUUCUAAGUUGUCCUCUCCUUCGUGAUGAUUGCCCUUCUGCUAAAUCUCCUUGCUAAAUCUCCUUGUUAAAUCUCCUUGCUAGAGAACAUCCCAAUUCAAGUGCGUCAUGGCGACUUCUCAACCACGAGUUCCCUCACAGCAUGGCACAUUGGAAUACCUGCGUCUUCAGUAUGACAAUGCCAUCGCGUCGGGCGUCAAGCGUCGUCUCUUGUUUCCCCAAAUGCUGUUCAGUAUGGCCCUCCUGGCUGGCUUCCUUCUCAUAGACCACCGACGCAACCGUUUCUUAUACCAGCUGCGAUGGCUAGUUUGGUUUACCAUAAUUGCAGUUGAGGUUUCUAACAUGCGUCAUCGGAUCUCCGUCGACCCAGCUGUUUCUUAUGUCUCAGGCAUUGCAUCGGUAUAUGUCAUAGUAUGGAGCACGAUGUGGCUGAUCUUUGAGCGUCCCCAGUUUACGGCUGUACGCAUCGAGCGCCGACGUAAGGCAGUACAGAAUGGGAUUCGGGCCGGCUCUGGUGGUACUACUCAAGAACGCUCCGAGACGAUUGGAUAUAAGAUGAAUGGGAAUGGAUAUUCUCUGGAACAACAAAAUGGCCUCGACGCCGAAAAAAGUCUGGCAGCAACCAAUGACUCGAAGGGGGAGUGGGAAUACUUCUGGCAACCAUACCCCGAUGUUUUGGGAGAACGCCUUGCUUGGGUUCUGGAUUUGAUAUUCAGUUUCCGUGGGAGGGGAUGGAACUUCUCCAUCCCUACCAAUCCAGCUCUCCCCGAAGAUGUUGCCGCUUCCCUCGGCGAGCCCAUUUCGGAGUCUGAUAAAGUCCUGAAAAGCAGGACCGGAAUCAAAUGCUUUCGAACCCGCAAAGAGCUGGCAAGCUAUGUGAUAUCCAGGUUCAUACUCUGCUACCUCGUCCUGGACCUAUGCAAAUUCCAGAUCAUCCACGACCCCUUUUUCCGCACCGGCGACGAGUCUCUCCCCGCCCCCCCAUACCUCGACGGCCUCCCACCCUUCCUCAUCACCCGCAUUCGCCGCAACACCCUAGUCCUCUCACUAGUGACCUUCAUCCAAUUCCACGCCCUCCUAGUCCCCAUCAUCGCCUCCCUCCUCCUCAGUCCCACCGUCCUCGGUAUCCGCGGCGAACCCUGGAUGUACGCCACAACCUGGGGCAGCCCCUCUACCAUCCUCGACAAAGGCCUCGGCGGCUUCUGGAGCAGCUGGUGGCACCAGACCUUCCGCGCCGGAUUCACCGCGCCGACGAAUUACCUUAUUCGCAAAGGUUGGCUGCCUGGUACGGGCAUCGCAUCGCAACUCGUCGGCAUCGCUAUCGCCUUCAUCAUCUCAGGCGCUAUGCACACCGCCGGCAGCGCCGUCCAAGUCCUCCCCACGCAUCCAGAGCGCCAACUCACAUUCUUCCUACUACAGCUCGUGGCGGUGACGGCGCAGACCUCGUUCUGCGCGGCGCUGCGGCCUUGGAUUGAGAGGUUGCCGGUGUGGGCGAGGAGGACGGGGAAUGCGGUUUUUACGUACCUAUGGCUGUAUGCGACGUGUCCGCUGUUCAUGAAUGAUAUGUCGGCGGGCGGGACGUGGAUGUAUGAGCCGGUUAUGGGGAGUCCGUUGCGGUGGUGGGGGUUGGGGCCUAAGGGGUAUGGGUGGUGGACGUGGGCGCAUGUUGAGAUUGGGUGGUAUCAGGGGAGGCAUUGGUGGGAGAGUGGGAUUGGAGGGCUUUGA